UCGGCAUCACCACGCUGAUGUCCUACUACCCAAAAAAUCAAAUAAGAACCACUAUUUAUGUGAUUGUUCCAAGUUUUUUUAUUAUUAUUUUUGGCUUCUAUUUUGUUUAAUAAAUUGCUCGAUUCUUCUCUUCUCCUCUCCUCUCCUCUCCUCUCUUCCCCUUCUCGUUCUCGUUUUUAAUCAUAAAUAAAACAAGGCACGGAGGCCCGUUACGAUAAGGAAUUCCAAUAUCCAGACAUCAACAAAUAGUAACCAAUUCUCCCCAAAACAAUCAAUUGACCUACUGCAAGAUGCCUUCCCUUGAAAAUGCACUGCCGCAACCUAAGAUCGAGCUCUACAGUGGAAAAUACUUUGCAGCUUGUGGUCUUGGUGGCAUAAUUGGUACGUUGCACCUUACCCCUCCUCCGGCUAUCCCGCACCUCAAUUGCACAACCAACGACGAAGAGAUGUACUAACAAGUCACCCCUCAGCCUGUGGCCCAACCCACUCAGCCGUUACCCCUCUCGACCUCGUAAAAUGUCGACGUCAGGUCGACUCCAAACUCUACACAUCCAACUUAUCCGCCUGGUCUAAAAUCUACCGCGCCGAAGGACUUCGUGGAGUGUUCUUUGGUUGGUCACCCACACUUGUUGGAUAUUGUUUCCAAGGAGGUGGAAAAUAUGGAUUCUACGAAGUAUUCAAAUAUGUAUACGGAGAGAAAUUAUUUCCAAACGCGAAUAAAACGGCCAUUUUCCUGGGUGCUAGUGCUAGUGCCGAGUUUUUGGCUGAUAUGGCUCUUUGUCCUUUUGAGGCUAUCAAAGUGAGGAUGCAGACCACUUUACCACCCUUUGCGAGUAGUUUGAGGGAAGGCAUGGGAAAGGUUAUUAAAGAAGAGGGGUAUGGAGGGUGAGUUUUCCAUCUCCUCAACGAAUUUUCUUGUGGUUGGAAAGAGAUGCAAUGCUAACAGAACACGAAAUAGCCUAUACAAAGGCCUCUACCCUCUCUGGGGCCGUCAAAUCCCCUACACCAUGGUAAAGUUUGCCACUUUUGAAACCACCGUCAACAAAAUCUAUUCCUACCUCUCCAAACCCAAAGACGCCUACUCCUCACUCCAACAAACCGGAGUUUCUUUCCUCGGAGGUUAUAUCGCCGGUAUUGGCUGCGCCGUGAUUUCUCACCCGGCAGAUGUGAUGGUAUCAAAACUUAAUAGUGAUAGAAAAGCAGGAGAAGGAGCUGGAAAAGCCAUGACGAGAAUUUAUGGAAAUAUUGGGUUUCAAGGACUCUGGAAUGGCUUGCCGGUUAGGAUCGUGAUGAUUGGUACUUUGACGGCCUUUCAGUGGUUGAUUUAUGAUAGUUUCAAGGUGGCGUUGGGUUUGCCUACAACGGGGGGUCAUUAAAUUAGAUGGGUGGUGCUGAGUCAUAAAAGCUUGGGAAGAGAGGGAAGAUUGGGGGUAAAAGGCAUGGAGAUUUGGAGAUUUGGAGUCGGUGAAAUAAAUGGUUUGGUGCUUUGAGGAUUUUACGAGGUAUUAAUGACAUGAAUUAGAUAC